UCGUCAAGCGAGGGUUUCCGGCUCCCCCCGUGCGUGCGUGCGUCCGUGCGUCGGGUGGAAGGGGAAGCUGGACAGUGCAGACGAUCACAUCCCCAGCGGGUCUUGCUGCAGACGGACGCAACCCACACGGCAGAACUCCAUUAACAGCUAGAUCAAAAUGGCAGAAGAAAUUGGCUACCUGAAAAAUGACCCGAAUUUUGCCACUCGUGCCAUCCACGAAGGCAAUGAGCCGGAGCAGUGGAACUCCAUGGCAGUUGUUCCUCCAAUUUCCAUGGCCACAACUUUCAAGCAGGAUGGCCCAGCAGAUUUUAAGGCAUUUGAGUACGGUCGCUCUGGUAACCCAACAAGAAACUGUGUGGAGAAAUGUCUAGCAGCAACAGAGGAAGCCAAACACUGUAUAACCUUUGCCUCUGGGUUGGCUGCGACAACCACCAUCACGCACUUGCUGUCAGCUGGGGAUCAUGUGAUUUCCAUGGAUGACCUGUAUGGCGGCACCAACCGUUACUUCCGCCGUGUGGCUUCUAGAAUGGGUAUUGAAGUGACCUUUGUGGAUGCAACUGAUGUCAAGAAUGUUGCUGAUGCACUUAAAGACAACACGAAGAUGGUCUGGAUUGAGACUCCCACCAACCCAACAUUGAAGCUUGUUGACAUUGCUGCUGUAGCUGCUCUUGUCAAACCACGAGAGAACACCUUCUUGGUUGUAGACAACACCUUUAUGUCAGCAUAUUUCCAACGCCCCAUCCUGUUUGGAGCUGAUCUUGUACUACACUCUUGCACAAAGUACAUGAAUGGACAUACUGAUGUUAUCAUGGGAGCUGUCUGUACAAACAGUGAUGAUUUGCACGAGAGACUGCGGUUCCUCCAGAACGCCAUUGGACCAGUUCCUUCUCCCUUCGAUUGCUAUCUGUUGAACCGGUCUCUGAAGACACUGGCUGUAAGGAUGGAGCAGCAUAUGAAGAAUGGCUUUGCUGUAGCCAGGUUCUUAGAGGGCCACCCAUGUGUUGAAAAAGUCAUUCAUCCUGGACUUCCCUCUCACCCUCAACAUGAGGUAAGGAGGGCAAGAAAAUUUGACAGUUACCAGAGUAUUAGUGUAAGUAAGACAAGUGCCUCUGGGAGUGGAUCUAUAGGGUUAUCCUGGAGGGACUUGCCAUCUCUGUUUACUCCUAAGAAAUGA